ACUCUCAUUGAUAAGCUUACAAAAAAAUGCUCAUCUCCACCUAUUUGUAAUGUCAUUGAUAAGCUAACAGGCAAGUGUGCACCACCACCACCACCACCUCCUCCUCCUCCAAAAGUAGAACCACCAAAGGAAGCUCCACCGCCACCUCCACCACCACCACCACCACCAAUUGUGAGACCACCCGAAAAGGCUCCACUGCCACCUCCUCCUUUUUCUCCCCCACUUAAGGCUCCUCCACCCAAAUUUACACCGCCACCUUUUGCUCCUCCUCCCAAACUUAGACCACCACCAAAGUAUCCACCACCUUUUGCUCCCCCCCCUAAAUUUACACCACCACCAAAGGCUCCUCUACCUUUUGCUCCUCCCCCCAAAUUUACACCACCACCUAAGGCCUCGCCAAGUUUUGCACCCCAACCAAAAUUUAUGCCGCCUCCUACGGAUCCUCCACCUUCCGCUCCACCACCUAGGGCUCCUCCUCCUUUUACACCUCCAAAGGCUCCCCCACCAAAUUCACCACGACCACCGUGCUCGAAGUGCAAGUCGCCACCACCACCCAUGAGGUGUCGUGGACGAUGUGUACCCCCUACUGUGAUUGACUGAUGAGGCUCAAACUUUGCAUAAGGCUUGGUUAUGGAUGCUUGAAAUUUACCAAUUUCUUCUUCUACAUACUAUUUAGCUCAGGCGCGAUAAUCUAGUUUAGAUUUUCUGUCGUUUGGUGUCUUAAUUUUCAGAUGUUUCAUGAAUGAGACAUUUGAAAAAGGCUUAAAAAAGUUGGUGUCUAUUUAUUCUUGUAUAUGACGAGGUCACAUGAUAACUAGAAUGA